GCAGUCCUGCCUCGCUCGCUCGACAUUUCCGUUGCACGAACCAGCCUUCUUGUUGAUGACAACCUGUGUGUGGUGGUGGUUGCUUGCCUGCUUGCCUCAUCCUCUCAAUCUCUCUCUCUCUCUCUCACCCUCACGCACACAGCACCCUCACCGAACCAAGCCAACGAGCGAGCAAACAAGUCUGUCCUUCUUCAUCCUCACACGCUCACUUCCUCACUAAAGUCGACGGAGUCAACCGCAGGAACAUGUCGCUGCAGGCGAUUGCACCACGGCUGCUGGGGCGUGCGAUGCGCGAUGGCUUGCGUGGAGCCAGCGUUGCCUUUGCUCAGCAGCAACGCCACAUCGGAACGACGCGCGUUGCCUUGGCCGGCGCGAAGAACGGGCUGGAGAGGCCCAACGUGGCCAUCGCAGGCGUCACGGGCGCCGUGGGCGUUGAGCUGCUCAACUGCUUGGACAAGCGCAACUUUCCCUUCAACAACUUGAAGCUGCUGGCAAGCGCCCGCUCUGCGGGCAAGGAGAUGGUGUUUCAGGGGAAGAAGUACGUUGUGGAGGAGCUGACCGACGACUCGUUUGAGGACGUGGACAUUGCGCUGUUCAGCGCCGGCGGAUCGCAGUCGAAGCGCUUUGCCCCCUCAGCCGUGGACGCCGGGUGCGUGGUGAUUGACAACUCGUCCGCCUUCCGCAUGGACCCGCACACGCCGCUCGUGGUGCCCGAGGUGAAUCCGGAGGCCGCCGCGCACCACAACGGCAUCAUCGCCAACCCAAACUGCUCCACCAUCAUCAUGAACGUGGCGGUGUGGCCGCUGUACAAGCUCUCGCGCAUCCGGCGCAUUGUUGCUGCCACAUACCAGGCGGCGAGCGGCGCCGGCGCGGCUGCCAUGCGGGAGCUGGAGCAGCAGGCCGUGGACUGGAGUGCAGGCAAGGAGCUCAAGACAGACAUCUUCGGGCGGCAGUAUCUGUGGAACCUCUUCUCGCACAACUCGGCAAUCGAUCCCACCAACGGCUAUAACGAGGAGGAAGUGAAGAUGAUCCGUGAGACGAAGAAGAUCUUCACAGACGACAACCUCCACGUCACAGCCACAUGCAUUCGCGUCCCCGUCCUUCGUGCUCACUGCGAAGCCAUCAACCUCACCUUCUCAUCUCCCGUGUCUGAGGAGGAGGUGCGCGCUGCAUUGGCCGCUGCGCCCGGUGUGCUCAUCCUCGAUGACCGCCAACACAACCAGUUCCCAGAGCCUUUGUUGGCCUCAGGCGAAGACGACGUGCUUGUCGGCCGCAUUCGUCCCGACCUCAGCCAGCCACACGGCAUGGGCUACGAGCUGUUUAUUGCAGGGGACCAGCUGCUGAAGGGCGCUGCCCUCAACGCUGUCCAGAUUGCCGAGCUGCUCCUCCACCCGCACGACCAAUGAAGCCGCCACACACACGCACACACAUACGCGCGCGUUGUUGCUGUUGUUGUUGGUGCUGUCGACCGCGACAUGACGGCGCGUCACAUGUGACAUGCUUGUUGUCUUGUUGUGCGCUGUGCUGUCGACCCCUUGUGCUGUUGGUGUGGUUGAUUCGGUCACUUGCCUCUUCUUGCAACCUCGCUUCUUUGCGUUGCGUGUUCUGACUUCCUCCUUUCUCCGCUCCUGUCUCCGUGGUUACAACGUGUGCCCAGGGCGCGCAUGCGUGCAUACACGCCACUCCUUUUGUUGUCAUGUUACUCCCGCGCUCUCGGCUUCCCAUAUGUCUGUCGAGAGAUGUAAAGAGACGCCACAUUCGUGUCACCGCAAGCAAAAGAUCA